GAUUACGUAACUCCGCCUCGCCCUGCUCCGCCCGGACUCGUGUGCCACCGUGCGGCCAUCACGUGCCGGGGCCUUCGCGUGCACCAGUGGCAACCACGUCACCCUCCCUAAGUGCCAGCAUCUUGCAAACGCCACGCUAGAGUAUGCUGGAGACACUGUCCACGGAAGGAUUUAGGGAGAAGGUUCAGUUGCACUGUCUAUUGUGAAUCACGAUGCCACAGGCGCUCACUUGAGCAGCUUUUGGUCACUUGCUCAGCAUGCCUUCUCUUGACUUGAUGCACUGCUGCGAUGAAUGCUGCGGGGAUGAGGACGCGCACCUGGAGUGUGACGCCGCCUGCCCUUCCAAAUCGCGCCCCAGCAUCCAACUGCCUCGGAGCUUCGCUUCCCUGAACGCCCUAGCACAGACUCUGCCUCCUCCCGGGCCUUCCCCUGCGUCAGGCAACGCAGUCCCUCGUGCCAGCGUGACUGUGGGCGUGAUGGUGGGCGCCAUGGCUGUGGUGGAGGGCGGCCGCGUGUGUCGGCGGACGAAGCGCGAGGGCGGGAGAUCAUACGUGUGUCGCGUGUGUGAGCGGAGAUUCCCGCGGGCGUACCUCCUGCUGGUGCACGAGAGAACUCACACGCCCCUCACCUGCCCCGUCUGCGGCAGGACCUUCAGGCGCUCGGAACACCUCAGGAUGCACAGAGAGACACACGGCGGGAGCAAGAGGACCACAUAAGCAAAGCCGACGUGCCUGCGUGUCUGCGUGCCUCCCUGCCGCCCACAAAGCCGCCCAGGCUAAGCACUCGCCGCCCAUAAGCCGCCUCGUCUCCCCAGGCGGCGGGGAUACACACUCACACGUCCCUUCGCCGCCUAAACUCAGCCAUAGAGAAUUUCCAUAAUCUACUCACGUCUCGACCGCCUCAACCCUCUCAACCCCUGAACCCCCCUUGAACCCCCCUUGAACCUCCCCUCCCCCCUCCCUCCUCCCCUCAAGCCCGCCGCCACACUCGCCAAAUCUCUGCCCUAUCCCGAGAGCCGCUCCCUCGCGUUAAGUCCUCGUCGUUCGCGGUGUCAAGGGAGUAAUGUGAUUUAUUACGUCGGCGACUCACUCAUCUUCAUCGCAUAGAGCUCAGGAUGCAAGUAUGCGUGAGUUAUGGGGGAAAUGCCCGCCGCGAUGGCAGCCCGUGGAGUGUGUAUUUAUCACAUCUCUUUAGAAGAAAAAAUUAGGAGAAAAAAAGAUCUUGUACAUAACUACGUAGAAAUCCGAAUGAUAAAAAAAAAUAUAUAUAUAUUGUCCGUCGUCGACAACCUCAGUUCCCCUCGCGACAAAUCGCUUAAUAACCGUGUCCGUUUCCCUUUUUAACCC